GCUUCUUGUAAAAGAUUAAGAAACCAAUCAGUUUUGUUAUUAAUUCGUUUUUUAAUACCGGUAUAUAAAGAAGAUGUAAUUUCAUUUGUAAUUUUAUCACAAAAAUGUUAUCAUUAACAUUUUUGAUGAUUUUAACGUUUCCAUCAACAUUUGGAAACAACUUUCCAUCUUUAUUGACUACAAACGCCACUUUGGCGGUUAUUUUGGAUAAAGAGUAUUUAGGAGAUGAUUAUGCGAAUAUAAAAGAUGUGGUUGAGACUUACGUGGGUUUUAUUAAACGUGAAAAGCUUAAAAAUGGUGGAUUAAACGUGAUUUUUUACUCUUGGACGAGUAUAAAAAUCAAAAAAGAUUUUUCGGCGAUUUUAAGCGUCGCUUCUUGUUCUGAUACUUGGAGGUUAUUCGACGUUGCAAGAAAUGAACACGUUUUGUUUAUGGCCAUAUCAGAAAGCGAUUGUCCAAGAUUACCUCAAGAUUUAGCAUUUACAAUCCCUUUAAUAAAGCAAGGCCAAGAACUACCCCAAAUCAUUUUAGAUUUACGCUCAAAUAAAGCGUAUAAUUGGAAUUCCGUUACAGUUCUUUACGAUCUCACUUUAAGUAGAGAUAUGAUAACAAGAGUUUUAACUUCCUUAACUUUGGAUAACGUUGAUAUCGCCGCCACGGCUUCGACGAUUGCUUUAAUGGAGCUAACCCAAAAUUAUUCAUCGAUUUACAACAUUCAUUACGUCCGGGAAGUUUUAACCAGCUUGAAAUGGAGGAACAUCGGCUCGAAUUAUUUGGUGAUGAUUUCAAUCGAAUUGGUUCCUUUAGUUAUGGAUAUUUCGAAAAAUUUAAAGCUGGUAAACACCGAAAGUCAAUGGUUAUAUGUUAUUUCAAACGCCGAUCUGAAAAAUGAAACCAAUUUGGAUGUGAUUAAACAUUUAAAAGAAGGAGAUAACGUUGCUUUCGUUUACAACGUUACUAGUUCAGAAGAAAAUUGUAAGCAAGGAAUUCAAUGUCACAUCGAAGAAGUUUUAGAUGCAUUUAGUCGAGCUUUAGAAAGUGCGAUUUUAGAUGAAAUCGAUUUGGCCGGCCAAGUUUCCGAUGAAGAAUGGGAAGCGAUUAGGCCAACGAAAUCGGAGAGGCGAAAUUUUUUAUUAAAAAGUAUGAAAAGUUAUUUAUCGCAAAAUGGGGAGUGCGAUAACUGUACAAUUUGGCAGAUGAAAGCCGGGGAUACAUGGGGAAGAGAAUUUUUAAGAAAUUCCUCAGUUCUAAGCGUUGAACUUUUACAAGUCGGUUAUUGGAAACCCAGAGAAGGCCCGUUAAUGACCGACGUUUUAUUUCCCCACGUUAAACAUGGAUUUCGCGGAAGACGAUUAUCUUUAGCUGUGGUCCAUAACCCACCGUGGCAAGUUAUUGAAGUGAAUAAUUCCAGUGUGACGUUUCGUGGAAUGGUGGCAGAUAUCGUUAAUGAAUUAUCGAAAAAUCUAAACUUUUCUUACGCUGUAAUCCCAAUCGGAAACACUUCAUCAUCAAAAUUAAACUCCGAUUAUGAUUUUAAUGAUAUCUCAACGUACGAGAUUCCGGAUGUUAUUAUUAAUUUAGUACGAACGAGGAAAGUUUUAAUGGCAGCUUCCGCUUUUACAAUAAGCGAAAAAACUAAAACUUUAGUUAAUUUUACUCUUCCAAUUAGCACCCAAACUUACACAAUUUUAGCUGCACGACCUAAAGAAUUAAGUCGAGCUUUGCUAUUUAUGUCACCAUUUACACAAAGUACUUGGUUGAGUUUAUUAACAGCAAUUUUAUUAAUGGGGCCUAUUUUAUAUUUAAUGAAUAAAUUCACCCCGGUUUAUGAAUACAAUGGAAUUAGUGUUAAAGGUUUAUCAUCAAUUUAUAAUUGUAUUUGGUACGUUUAUGGCGCUUUACUUCAACAAGGGGGAAUGUAUCUUCCUUAUGCUGAUAGCGCAAGAAUAAUCAUCGGAUCUUGGUGGUUAGUCGUUUUAGUUUUAUCUACAACUUAUUGUGGAAAUUUAGUUGCGUUUUUAACAUUCCCUAAUAGCGAUAAACCCAUUUCAACUAUUGAAGAUGUUUUGAAUCAUCCUUCUUUAACUUGGACUAUUGCCCAAAAUAGCUUUUUUGAAGAAGAAGCCAAAACAUCGAACGAUCCAAAAUAUCAAGAAUUAUUUAAAAAAUCAAUAAAAGCAUCGAUUAAUAAACAAAAUAUGGUUCAAAACAUCGAAAACGGCCACCAUGUGUACAUCGAUUGGAAAAUGCGGUUGCAAUAUAUGAUGAAGAAGCAAUUUUUAUUAAAAAAUACCUGCGGGUUAGCGUUGGGGAAAGAAGAAUUUUGUGAAGAAAGAAUCGGGCUGAUUUUGGCUAAAGAUAACCCGUACACAGAAAAAAUCAAUAAAGAGAUAAAACGUUUACACCAAGUCGGUUUGAUUCAAAAGUGGUUGAGAGAUUAUCUUCCGAAACGAGAUAGAUGUUACAAAUCAAGAUCGACUUCUGCGGCAAAUAAUCACACCGUAAAUUUGGACGAUAUGCAAGGAAGUUUUUUCGUGUUAUUUUUCGGAUUUCUAAUUGGUUUAUUCAUUAUUUUCGUUGAAAAACUUCUUUAUAAGUAUCAAAAGAAAAGGAGCAAAUCAAAAUCCGUCCAACCAUUUAUUACAUAAUAAUUUUUUUUAUGAUUUAUGAAUAAGUUAUCCACAUGUCUGUUAUUGGAGGUAGAUUCCUUUCACGAAUUUAUUUUAUUUCUCGUUUUAAUUAUUGCCGUUAUAAACAAAUUUUGGGAUUAAUAAAUGGAUAAAGGAUUUUAUAAUAGAUUAAACGCUUACCACGGGGCAGUUGUAUCAUCAGUUAGGAACAAAAUUAAUAAAUUCACAAUGCGAUGUCAAAGUGACACGACCACUUUGAGGUUAAAAUUUUAAGCUGUCAAUUUAACAACGUGAAGUUAGUUAAAAAUGAAGGGGUUUUCGGUUAUUACUUAAAAAAUGUAAAUUUUUUUUAAAGUUUAUUAUUUCAAUGUUUUUUUUUAAUAACAAAUAAUUAAAAAUUAUUUUUUUUUAUAUGAAACUCAAAAUAUUGUGAAUAUGGCAACUAAAUAAUUUGACAUAAUGAUAUUUUUUAGGUUAGUUUUUGAAUUUUUAACUGUCAAUUCAAUAAUAAGCUAAUUUUUUUUGAUUAA